AUGGCUGCAGACCUGCGGACUCGAUUAUCACCAAUACACACCCGAAACCUCAGCGCUGUCACGGUCGACUCGGACAGUUCAGACAGUUCUCCUGGGCCUGGCGACGAUGAGGACACGGAUUAUUUUAUGGCACAUGCCAACGACUCACAAUCUUCCAUUGGAGCGAUCACGGCGAUACGCGAUUGUGACGACGAUAUUGACCUCGAACAAGUCCAUCGAUUAUCUCCCAUAUCUAAACUCCCGCCGGAAAUCCUCAUUGCUAUCUUCGCGAAACUCACCAGUACGGGUGAUCUGAGAAAUUGCAUGCUGGUAUCAUAUCAUUGGGCAUUGUAUGCUGUGGGCAUUCUAUGGCAUCGACCUCUAUGCAACAAAUGGUCGAAUCUGCUUAGUGUGGUCGCGGCAUUGGGAAGAGGUGAAAAGAGUUACUUUCCAUACCAUGAGAUGGUCAAGAGACUUAAUCUGUCCGCGAUUGCAGACAAGAUCAAUGAUGGCACGGUCCAACCGUUCAUGAAUUGCAAGGGAGUCGAGCGCCUCACAUUGACAAAUUGCUCCAAAUUGACCGACUUUGGCGUGGCAGGCUUAGUUGAUGGGAGCAGGAAGCUGCAAGCACUGGAUGUGACCGAUCUCGAUUCUUUGACAGAUCGAACACUGCAUGUCGUGGCUGACAACUGCGCCAAACUUCAAGGGCUGAACAUCACAAACUGCGUCAACAUUACUGAUGACUCGUUGGUCGAGAUAGCCGCACACUGCCGUCAGCUUAAACGACUGAAACUCAACGGAGUUGUAAGAGCAACUGACCUGUCCAUCACUGCAGUGGCCCGGAACUGUCGUUCGAUACUGGAGAUCGACUUGGCUGGGUGUUCCUCCAUCACAUCAGAAUCUGUCACUGCACUUUUGUCGCAUUUGACGCAUUUGCGAGAGCUUCGUCUGGCGCAUUGUAUUGAUAUCAAUGAUGCGGCAUUCACAAAUCUCCCUCCACGACUUUCCUUCGAUGCACUGCGCAUCCUGGAUCUGACAGCAUGCGAACAAGUUCGAGACGAUGCGAUUGCGAGGAUCAUUCCAGCUGCACCUCGGCUACGAAAUCUGGUAUUGGCCAAAUGCCGACAUAUCACGGACCGUGCUGUUGCGUCCAUCUGCAAAUUGACCAAGAACCUGCAUUACAUCCACCUCGGUCACUGCAUCAACUUGACGGACAAUGCCGUGAUCCAGCUAGUCAAAGCAUGCAACAGAAUCAGAUAUAUCGACCUCGCAUGUUGCUCCCGAUUGACAGAUGCCAGUGUCCGUCAUUUGGCACAACUUCCAAAGCUUCGCAGAAUCGGUCUGGUGAAAUGUCAGAAUCUGACUGACUCCAGCAUCAUGGCUCUCGCCCGUGGUCCAUUACUGUUUGGUCCGACUGGCAAGAUCGGCGUUCCUCCACAGUUUGUGUCCCUGGAAAGAGUUCAUCUCAGUUAUUGUGUCAAUCUCACUCUCAAGGGAAUUACUGCGCUCCUCCAUAACUGUCCUCGACUUACCCACCUUUCGUUAACCGGUGUACAAGCAUUCCUGCGGGAAGAUUUGACUCGAUUUUGCCGUGAUGCUCCAGCCGAGUUCACCCACCCACAACGCGACGUCUUCUGCGUCUUUUCAGGAGAUGGUGUACAACGUCUUCGAGAUUACCUCAUGCGUCUGGCUAUGGAGGAAGCUCAGCGAGAAGGACGUGAGGCCAUUGACGAUAGUCUGCUUGAUGGAGUCGACAGCCCGGGCGCGGAUACCAUGUCGGACGACGGCACGAUAGAUGGAAAUGAUCAAUUGAUGGAUCCGGUCUUACAUUCUCAUCGACAUGGCAUGACUUUUGCCAUCACCCCAGGCAGCCGACCUCGACCACGAAGCCUUCACGAUCUGCCCAGCUAUCACGUGGAGAUGCCCUUCUUACCGUUUGAUCAAAUGGGCCCUUGGACGCCUGGAGCACCCCUUGGGCAUGAAGAUCCAAUCUCUUUGGCACCUCCACAUCUCAACCUCAUCUCUUCAAAUCCAGAAUUUUACGACCGCCGCUCGCGAAGUCCAGGUAUGACACCACUGUUUCACGUGCCCACACAACAUGGCGAGCGGGCAAGGAGUACAUCGCGGACACCUUCACGCAGACACACUAUGGAAGCGGGGUCGACAAUCUUUGGUCCCCCAGUUCCGAUGCACGUCUAUGACGAGACCGGAGCCCGUGCCGUGGACUUUGAUCAUUACACGCACGACCCUAGAUCCAGCUACUUCGGUGUUGACGAGCCGAGACGGUACGCAGCUUGGCCCGGCCCUCUGUUUGCGUCGGAGCCGACCAGAAGACCAAUGCCCGGUGCGGCUUUCAGAAAUCCUAGCGAUGUACGAGUAUCAUAUCUUCGACCAGAGCCAGGUUUCAGUGCCUUCGACGCCAAUCACGAAGCCAUCAUGUCGACCAUUCCUGGCAGUCGUGCUGGAAGUCGACAUCCUUCAAGAUCCAACAGCCCGCAAGUUUCUAGGGUAAACAGUCGGUCGAGACUCAACAACCUCCUUGUUCCAACUCGGAGUUAUGCUUCAACACCUCUAAGUCAAGAGGGAUCUGGUGGACGAACCAGCCGAGCAGGAAGAAGUCGAGAAAGAUCACGUAUGAGAGAAGAAGCACAUAGGGAGGCUAUGAUGCAAGCACUUGCCGAAGCUGAUGCAGCGCAACAUCUUCGACCGGAGUUUGCUCGAGUUGAUUCGGAUCGACACGUGGGUUUGCCGUUGUUGGCCCCGGAAUUGAUGGAACGAGUGGAAAUGAGUCCGGUGACACCAGUCGAACCUCCACUAGAGGCACGAUUUCCGCUAGAACCGCGACAGCCGGCACAGGACGCGGAUCAAGACGUUACCAUGACACAAUAA